AUGGGCCUCGCUGCUGGCCAUUGGCCGCAAUCCCGGGCGCCCGCGACUCCUCCCACCGCCGCCCCUGAUCCUGAAGCCGCGUCGCCAUUGGACGAGCCGCAGCCGUCACCCUCAGCGUCUACCGCCGUCGACUUGGGUUAUUAUACGGCUGUCAACGACGUUCUCCCCCCAUUUGUCCCUCAACCGUCUUGCUCUCUGUCCGAUUUGACUGCGAAUCCUCACAGCACUACCCCCAACACCACCAACACCACCAUCACAACCGGCUCUCCCCUAACUCCUCCUCCUUCCAGCUCUCGCCCUCGACGUCGCGCCCGUUGUGGCCGUCCUGCCAGCCUCAUGUCGACCACAUCGCCCAUCAACAUUGACACGUCGAGGAGAGCUUCGCCGUCGUCGCCCUCGAAACGCGCCCGCUACGGCUCGCAUCCACGCCGACCCUCGUCCGGAACACGGUCGCUGACCUACGAGGCCAUUGUCCGCGGCCACUGUCCCGAGACGUCGGCCUACUUCAGCACCAUGGCUAUGAAUGCGCCCGAUGUUACCGAUGGCCUCGCCGAGAGCCUGGCCGGCAGCUACGUGCAAGGUAUGAGCUGGGGCGGCCUCUCCGUCGGCAGCUAUAUUCGUGACGAUGUGAACAUGGCCGGCACCUCGCCAUUUCCCUACCAGUCGCCCUCCUACAACAACUCCUCUUACCUGCCCAACCUCGAGGCCAACUUCAUGCGCGACUUUGCCUGCUGUGGCCAAGUCCUGCCGACACUCCAUGAUCUCCUGCAGCACUACGAAGAAGCUCACGCCCAACAGACGUCGCCCGGCCUACGUCGCUCGCCGCCUACUAGCCACCGCACUCGUGACGUCUCCCUCGCGCCGGCCGCACGCCAAUCCACGAGCACCGGCGCAAGGUCGCGUCCGGCCAAUAUCCACAUUCCGCCCAGCGGCAUCCAACUCAUGCGCCAGCAGCAGCAACACGCCGCUAGCUCGUCUCACCUGCACUCGCCGCCCAUCUCAGACGAUCUAGAGACUGUCGAGGGAAUGGAAAUGGACGAGCCGCAGUCGAGUCACCUCUCGCGCUCUUCGCUCUUCUCUCAGACGCCGGCUCCACCGCCUCGGCUGAGCCUCAACCUUAAUGCGCCCGGUCUCCAGCACGCCGGACUUCGCACUUCGCAGCCGCCGACACCCGCCUCAGCCGGCUUCGCCUACCAGAACAACCCUACCGUCUCGUCCGUCAACACGCCGUCGCUCAGCACGUAUCCCAUGCAGAGCCAACCCUUUACCCCUACCGCAUCGGGCCCGGCCACGCCGUGCGGAGAGCUCGACGCUGAUGCCACUGCCUACGCGCCCGAACAAUCUACCAGCGACUACUGCAUCGACGACCCAGCCAAGCGGCUCUACAGCCCAAACGGCAUCAGCAACCAGCGCAUCCAGCAGCAGUAUACGCAGUUUGAGCGUGCCCAGGGAAGCCGCAAUGACGCCGCCGCACAGCCAACGCAGCACCUAAUGGCUAUGGGACUCCAGCCGCCCGCCGCCCUUAUGAUGGUCGCCGAAGAGCACAAACCUUUCCGUUGCCCCGUUAUCGGCUGUGAGAAGGCUUACAAGAAUCAAAACGGCCUCAAAUACCACAAGACCCACGGCCACAACUCCCAGCAGCUCCAUGAGAACGGUGAUGGCACCUUCUCCAUCGUCAAUCCCGAGACCUCGGCACCCUACCCCGGCACCACGGGCAUGGAAAAAGAGAAGCCCUACAAGUGCGACUCUUGCAGCAAGCGCUACAAGAACCUCAAUGGACUCAAAUAUCACAAACAGCACUCGCCACCCUGCAAUCCUCAUCUCCAACUUAACGGCCACAUGGCCGCCGCCGGCCUCGGCGCCCUCGGCAUGGGCAUGGGUAUGGGAAUGGGAAUGGGCAUGGCCAGCUUCUCGCGCGUGGCCGACGAACGCAUGCGGCCCCUCUAG